AAAGAGACGUACGGAAAUGACAUCAGUACAGUUAUCUACGUGUCGUAGACAUCUACUCGGUCUAUCCUAUUGACAACUGGACGCUUUGUCGGCUUAUUGUGACAGACAUUGAUAGCUAGAGAUCCAAACUUCACUAAAACAUAAGUAUGCGCCAAUUAAAGGGCAAAACGAAAGAGACGAAUAAACAGAAAAAAGAACGAAGGAAAGAGUUUAUUGAGAAUAAACAACGAGUGUUUACUAUUGUUAUACCAACGCUGGCUGCUAUCGUCGUACUAAUCGCUGCAUAUGUCUACAUUAAGACACGUCCCAAAACUCUGGAAUUUUGAAAUGGAGGAAUAGCAAAAUAUUUCAAUUGAUUUAUGUUGCAUGAUCACGAGACGAAAAUAAUAAUUAUAUUUUGUGAGGCUUUUUCAAACGUGAAGUAUUUUAAUAUAAGAAAAUCUAUGUUGCUUUGAAUCUUUAAAUUUAAUAUUGUUGUGAAGUUUCUUAUGAUUGUACUCCAGCACACCAUUUCUGCAAAUGUACGUGGGCAAUUGUUAAUAAUUGUUAAGAGUAUUGUGUGAUGUAGCUGGAAUAGACUGUUUUAUCAAAUAAAUGUAACUAUGUAUGGGACCAAAA